GCAUCCGCAGACGCUACGCUGGCUCCACACACUGACUGACACAGUAACCUGUGCGCUACUGUGCUCCUGCUGCUCCCCUUCCAGAAACAUUGUGAGGAAAGAAAACAAACCUGCAUGGAUGGAUCCUUUACUUAUAAACACAUUUUAGUAUCCAUAGUGAACUGAAACGUUUCGGAUUGCGUGAUUGAUCUGAAUGUUUCAGUCGCUCGCGCUGAAGCGAACGCGGAUUCCUCGCGCAGAGAAUCAAAGUCUCUCAAACGCACCGUUUAGCUGCACAAACAUGGAUGUUCUGGCCAAUUACAGUAUUUUUCAAGAACUUCAACUUGUUCAUGACACUGGCUACUUCUCCGCGAUGCCGUCUCUGGAGGAAAACUGGCAGCAGACAUGUUUGGAGUUGGAACGCUAUCUGCAGACAGAACCCAAGCGGCUGUCCGAUCUUUUUGACGAGGAACUAGACGGCCUCCUUACCCCCUCCUUCAUGAAGGAAGAUGCGGAUGAAGACCUGUUAGACCCCCUCCUUCCCAGCCUCAACAACCCCCCCAGUCCUCCUCCUCCUCACCUCACCCCACGCAAAGAAACCCUCUCUUCCAUUUCCUCUACUGUGACCUCCCCAGACAUCACCUUAGGGGUCAACGCAGCCCAGCUGAACGCCGUCACCUCCCUAACACCUCCCUCAUCCCCGGAACUGGGUCGUCACUUAGUCAAACCCACCCACACACUCAGUGCCUCGCCCGAUGGGACCCUCACGCUCAAGCUAGUGGCCCGAAAGGUGGGCUUGAGUUCUGCCAAGCUUGUGGCGGCCCACCCGGUCCCACUUUCUCCCCAGCACGGCAGCAGUGGCGCACAGAGCGACGGAGAGCAGGGCGGCACCUGCACCGUGGGAGCUGGCGAGAUGGCAGAGAACAAGAAGAGGGUCCAUCGCUGCCAGUUUAACGGGUGUCGGAAGGUCUACACCAAGAGUUCACAUCUGAAGGCGCAUCAGAGGACACAUACAGGGGAGAAGCCGUACAAGUGCUCAUGGGAAGGCUGUGAAUGGCGGUUCGCGAGAAGCGACGAGUUGACGAGGCACUACCGCAAACAUACCGGCGCCAAGCCUUUCAAGUGCAAUCACUGCGACAGGUGUUUCUCUCGAUCCGAUCACUUGGCACUGCACAUGAAGAGGCACGUCUGAGGAGGAGGAGGUGGCAAAAUGGCGAGGUGGAGGAAGAGACGGAAGGUAGAGGGAGAGAAGGAGAGGGAUGAUGGGAAGGAGCCGGAUACCACUCAGGGCGUUCGCUCAUCCCACCAAGAGUGGCCUCCCGUAGGGGAACCGAUCAGCCCGGGCUGAACUUAGACCAGGUCUUGAGGUUUGGUCGGCCACGUCCAUGAGAAUGGAAAUUCGGAGGUCUACAGAUCUGAGAAGGUGGUACGACAUCUCAUGUCACUUAAAGACAACGUGCUUCAGUAGGUAUUUGCCUAAUGCUCAAAACAUCAAUGACUUGAUUUAGAUACUAUUAUUGAGUUCCAACUUCUCUGAGAACCAUUUAAAGCUUUCAUCAAUUUUACAUAGAGUGCGUCUUACGUAGAUUGUCACAAACAGACAAGCUACCAAUGCACCUGGUUUGAUUUACUGCACCGUGCAGGAUGUGUCCCAAAAUCAUCUUCUCGAGAACCUUUGGAGAACAUCGUAGCGAUAGGAUGCCAAUCCAAAGAGAUGGAUUUUUUUUCCCAUUUUGAGCAAGGAUUAUCUUUCUGCUUCGAUCCCGCCAAUCCACAGCCAAAAUCUAAAGUGGAACGUCCAUCCAGAGAAAUCUGGAUUUCAAAGGUGAAGUGGAAUCACCCAUUGCUCAAAUGUGAAUCUGAUUGGGGGGCAGUGGAGGAAACACUCUUACCUUCUGCAUAGACAGACAAAUCUCUCUCUUUCACGUCCCUCCCUGCCAACCAACCGCUGCGCAGCGACACUUUGAGACUUUUUAUAAAAGAAAAAAAAAAAUGUUAUAUAAUUCAGAAGACUUCUUUUUUGCUUUUCUCCUGUGGAUGUGUACAAAAUAGAAAAAUAAAAAUAAAUAAAAAUGGACCAAAAAAAAAACAAAAAAAAAAACUGCCAUAUGCACAAGCAAAGAGUAGUGGAUUCUACACUGGCACAGACCACAUCUGAGGUGGACUUAAUUUCUAUAUAAACGCAAACUUUUAGUGGCGAAAAAAAGAAAAGCAAUGUUGUUGUUGCACACGUUUUGAGCAUUCCUCAGCAUUAUUUAUGACCCAUGAAACGUUAUCCCAUAAACUUGGGUUCCUUUCGGGAUUUCUAGGACUAGCAUGAAAUGAGAAAAGCACCAUGGUUUAUCUGCGGACUUCACUACAGAAUAAUGACUUCCAUCAUUCAAGGCAGAGAUUUGCAAUCACAAUGUUUUUGUAAAUGCAUCACAGUAUGUCCAGAAAACUGUCCGGACAGACAUUUCCCAUCAGUUAUUUUAGUUUGCACGGAUGGAAGCAUCAUAAGAAAGGUGUGCGUUGUGUUUCGCUGGUCCUGCAGGUGACAUGUUUAGACUUUGUGAUGUUUUUUUUUCUUUUUUCUUACACUUUACAUAUCUGCCUUGUGUUCCCGGUAAAAACAGCUGUACAGUGUGUAAAUUGUAUAGUAAAAGUGAGGUUUAAAUUACAACGUACAAUCAAGUGUGGGAUGGAAAGUGUUCCUGAAUGUAAGGUUGUUUGAUUGUGGAUGGCCCUGCACUUAUGCAAUCAUUCAGGCCUGAUCUGCUCAAGAUAGAUCCCACUGUGGCUCAUGCAUGAAGAACUACACAAAUGCUUGUUGAUGAAGGAAUAAUUCACAUCAAAUGAGAAAUCGGUCAUCGUUUACUCACCCUAAUGUCAUUCCAAACCAGUAUGACUUUCUUUCCUUGGUGGAACGCAAAAGAUGUUUUGAAGAAUGUCCUACAAUGAAAAACAGGAAUGGAGGCUGUCAAACUCCAAAAAACGACGCAUUAUAAAAAUAGUAUAUAAUGCGACUGUAAUUCAAGACUUGUGUGAAACGGACCAAAAUUUACUCGUUAUUCACAAGUCUUACUUUUUGCAGUAGCUCUUGAAUCUCAUUCUCACUUCCAUAUUUUCAAAAUAGCAACAAACAAGACAUAGAAAAAGCAUUGGCUUCAGGACAAAAGUAUCUUCAUGCAUAAAGUUUGCAUGAACAGAGCUAUAAUAUGUGAAAUUUCAGAUUUCACGGCGACCCGAGUUUCAUUCCCAAUCCCGCUCCCCUUUCUCGAACCCUGUCAUAAGUCAUACAGCUUUGGACCAACAUGAAGGUCAGUAAAUAACAAUUUUGUGUGAACUAUUGCUUUUCCAACAACCUGAUAUAGCGGUUUUGUGUGCAUUUGUAUGACUGAACUGAGAGGCCCAGAUCUGAAGAUGUAUAAAAUGAGCACAAAAAACAGAUUUGCUUUUAUUUUUUAACCAUCACACUGUAUAUAAACAUCAAGAUGCUGAUUCAAAGACUUGUAAACCCCUGAGAUCAAUGCAUAAACGGAAUCAAAUUUUAAUUUAAACAGCAUAAACAUUUGCAUUUUUAUUGCAUAUCAUGACCUUUAUUAAUCAUAUCUGCAGAUCAUAAAAAACGCCAUCUGGAUCAUAUCACCCAAAAAUAGGUGAUGGACAAGGAUAUUCAUGUCUUGUUCAAGCCGUCUGUCAGUUCCUUGCCCUUCUCACUCACUUGUCUAACACGGACCAACGGGAGGCCCGUCUGACAGAAUGGCAGUAUGGGUAAUGAGAAAGGAAUUGGGCUCUCCCGGCAGCGGCCAGCGCUGGUCGCCCCCUCAAUGGGGCGGAACGGAGUAGGACCACACUGGGGGUCGCACGCCACACUUAUGCUGACCGGGAGAUCUUAUCACAACCGCCCGACACAGUCAAUUUCACCAUGUAGCCGGGUGUCAGCUUACCUCCCUCCCUGGCCACAUUAGCUCCAUGAAAAAUAACAAAGACACAAGGUCACCGGAAUCCAGAGCAGAGCCGCGUGCAUCCAAUGUCCUCAGGAGACCAUCGUACGGGCUGCUUUUCCAGCUAAAAUCUAGUGCAUGAUAUCUGCUUUUCAUAGAGGAUUUAAGACUGCAACCUGAAAUGUUACAAUUUAUCUUAGAAAUUUUUAGUUCAGAAAACAUGAUCAUGGGCCAUGCAGACUAGGAAGCAAAGCAUCAUUUUGUCCCACGUUUUUGGGUAACACGAUCCAAUGUAACGUCUCAAAAACUAUUAGUAGAUCAAUCCUGUUGAUCAUGUAUGCAGGAUAAUAAUUUCAGUUUGACAAAGAGUUAGAUUUGAAAUAGAUGCAAAUAAUGGCAUCAGGUGUUUAUUUUAGGUUCUAUGGCGAAAAGGAUAAACUCCAUAUGAGAAAUAAUACCAUAGAACGUGUCAAAAACAUGUUUCAUAUUUCACCUUAAAAACCGAAGAAAAAAAAAAUAAUAUUGAGAUUAAGUAAGGCUUUUUUCUGCAUUGUGACAUUAUUACCCAAUUCUCAUUUAAAGCCGCAGUUCGUAACUUUUUUUUUUUGUAAUCCAGAAAGGUCCAAACGACAAUCAUCAGUGACAACUGGAUAUUCCCCCGUUACGCUAAUACACAAUAAAUACAAGUAGUCAAGCAAUGCUGAUGUUGUUAACAUUAACAUUUUGAUAACAAAGUAUAACAAUAAUAAUAAUUUGCAUGGUUUUAUGUGGUAUGAAGCCAAGCGAUCAUUAGAUUUCAUCACCAUUCGGAGCGUGAUUUAUUGUAAUGCUUUUUUUCCCCCUUAGUUGGUCAGAACAAAAGUGGCAGACAUGUUAGUUACUUGUUCAGGUGACAUUUUCCUGUGAAAAUUCUUAUUUGGGUCAUACUUCCAAGAAUGUAAAACGUGAUUCCGAAGAACAGUGAAUAUCUGCAUCAGUACGGUGACUAUUCCUCAAAACAUCCGCGAUGAGGAGUCAUGCCGAUGCACAACUCACGUAAAGAUGAUAAUUCCACAAAUUGCAAUUACAGGUUUCAAACAGAGGUGGCGACAAAGAGGCAAAACUUAUGGACUGCAGCUUUUAAUUUCAAAUUUAAAUGUAAAUUUAAAUAUUUAAUAAAUAUAAAAUCUAAUAACUACAUAUGUAUACUUUACUAUAUAAUAUUUUAUUAUAUAUAUAGUUUGGGAUGAAAUGUGCAUAAACUGUCAUGACGAUAUUGUCACAAUGCAAAAUAAUCUUUAAAAAGGCUUCUUAAUAGAUAAUUUUAGGUGAAAUAUGACCUAGACAUUUCUCGUCAGGUUUUGUGAGGAUUCACAGUGUACCUGGAUGCUCAUGGGAUAGAAACAGUGUUCACAUUACAAAAAUUCACAUUGAGCUCGUCAAGUUAUUGCAUUCUAUGAAUCAAGAUAUAUGAUGUUCACUAGUAGUUUUCCUUUGUGGACUUUUGACCAUUUGUUCACUUUAAGUGCACCUUUUUCCUAAAAUCCUUCUUUAACAUCCUCCAGCCGGACCAAUUAGGGAUGUUACCUUGGCAAAAACUAGCUAAUGAGUUUGUCUUAAUGGUCCUGAGAAACCCCACAGAGCAGCUCGUUUUCUGCUUUUUAGGGCUUGUUUUAUGUGCACUGUCUUUAGUUUCUCUCAAGUGUGUAGAAACCUUGUAUGUUACCCACUUAAACAGCUUUUAAAUCGCACAGACAACUAACUGACCUUUUUGCUGUGGGAUAAUGCAAUUAUUUGUAAUUACCGAUGCACACUUGCAGGUACGUUUUUACAUUCGACAAUGUAAAAGUUCCAUCCUAAAGAUCUGGCAUGAGCUGAGACACUACUAAACAUGCAGGGAACACUAAAUUAGGAGUUUGAAUGCAUUUCAUAUCUCGUGAUACUAUGAUUAGUCUGUUUUAGAGGUCUGUACAUUGUUUUUGGAUUGACGCAUUAGUCUGUACGUUCACGUUAGCAGCUGAUCUCCAUUCGCUCACUAUACACCUGAUGCAUCGUUUUCUUUGUACCCUUCUAUUGCUCAAAACGCUGUGCUUAAAGCUUUCAAAUGGAUGGUAUGAAGCUGAUAAACAGAGUGAUUUCCAAUGUUCGUUGCACUCGUAGUGUAGUUUUCCGGUUAAAGGCUUUUUUCCACACUUCCUGCUGUAAAUUAAAUCUGUUCCGAUCCCUCUGCUUUUUGCAGGCAUUUCAUGCUUUCCACUUUGCUCCUAUAUUUAUGCCGUUUUUUAUUUUCAUGUUUUUUCGUUUUAUUUGCUGUAAAAAGUGUUUGCAUAUAUUAUUUGUAUUAUAUGAUGUUAGUAUGACAAUGUUCUUUAUUAAGGAAAAAGGAAAAGAGUUUAUUUUUGUUACUGGUUUGUUUCAUAAUUCUUUUUUAAAUUGGUAUUGUAAUAUAUCUAUGCAAGAACUGUUAAGUGAAGCAUUUUUAUUUAAGAAUGUCAUUAUGUGUAAUAAAUGG